AUGUACAUGCGGGAGCAGCAGGAGGUGGGGGUCAGAGCAGCAGGAGGUGGGGGUCAGAGCAGCAGGAGGCGGGGGUCAGAGCAGCAGGAGGUGGGGGUCAGAGCAGCAGGAGGUGGGGGUCAGAGCAGCAGGAGGUGGGGGUCAGAGCAGCAGGAGGUGGGGGUCAGAGCAGCAGGAGGUGGGGGUCAGAGCAGCAGGAGGUGGGGGUCAGAGCAGCAGGAGGUGGGGGUCAGAGCAGCAGGAGGUGGGGGUCAGAGCAGCAGGAGGUGGGGGUCAGAGCAGCAGGAGGUGGGGGUCAGAGCAGCAGGAGGUGGGGGUCAGAGCAGCAGGAGGUGGGGGUCAGAGCAGCAGGGGGGGUCGAGCAGGGGUCAGAGCAGGGGGGGGUCAGAGCAGCAGGAGGUGGGGGUCAGAGCAGCAGGAGGUGGGGGUCAGAGCAGCAGGAGGGGGGGUCAGAGCAGCAGGAGGUGGGGGUCAGAGCAGCAGGAGGGGGGGUCAGAGCAGCAGGAGGUGGGGGUCAGAGCAGCAGGAGGUGGGGGUCAGAGCAGCAGGAGGUGGGGGUCAGAGCAGCAGGAGGUGGGGGUCAGAGCAGCAGGAGGUGGGGGUCAGAGCAGCAGGAGGUGGGGUCAGAGCAGCAGGAGGUGGGGGUCAGAGCAGCAGGAGGUGGGGGUCAGAGCAGCAGGAGGUGGGGGUCAGAGCAGCAGGAGGUGGGGGUCAGAGCAGCAGGAGGUGGGGGUCAGAGCAGCAGGAGGUGGGGGUCAGAGCAGCAGGAGGUGGGGGUCAGAGCAGCAGGAGGUGGGGGUCGAGCAGCAGCGGCAGGUGGGGUCAGAGCAGCAGGGGGGGUCAGAGCAGCAGGAGUGGGGCAAGCCAGGGGUCAGAGCAGCAGGAGGUGGGGGUCAGCAGCAGGAGGUGGGGGGGUCAGAGCAGCAGGAGGUGGGGGGGAAACGGCCCCCUCCUUCGCUACACCGGCUCUGA